AAGCAAUAAGCUCUUGAUUGAAAAAAUCACUUAUAGUUAAUCUAAAACAUAUGUCCGUGUUUUUUUAUUUUAGUUGACAAAGUAAUGGACAAAUGGUGGACUAGUUUACCAAGACAUAUUGAGGGUUUCCAACAUGGUGUUAAUUCAUUUUUGGAUUUUGCCUUUUCUAAAGGUAGACCACAAGGACAAGAAAUUCUUUGUCCUUGUCUUAUAUGUAAUAACUUUGGUUGGGGGCGAAGGGAUGAAGUUUAUGAUCAUUUAAUAUGUAAGGGAUUUCAAAAAGGUUACACUGUGUGGGUUCAUCACGGCAAAAGGAUAAGUCACAUGGAUAGUGAAUCUGAUGAGAGUGAAGUCCAUGAAGGAUUUGUCGACGACAUUCAUGGGCUGCUAAACGAGACAUUUCGGCAUGUGCUUGAAGGAGAUAAAGAUGGUGAUAGGCCAAACGAAGAUGUAAAAAAGUUUUAUAACUUGCUUGAAGAAGGAAAACAAGAGUUAUAUCCUGGCUGUAAAAAAUUUUCGACAUUAUCAUUCGUUAUCCGAUUGUAUUUGUUGAAGACUCUUAAUGGUUGGAGCAACGCAUCCUUUACUGCUCUACUUGAAUUACUGAAAGAAGCGAUUCCUCAUUUGAAUAUUCCUGAUUCUUUCAAUAAAAUCAAGGCCAUGGUAAAAGAUUUAGGACUUGGUUAUGAUAAAAUUCAUGCUUGUCCCAACGAUUGUGUUCUGUUCUGGGAUACAUAUGAAGAUAAUGAAUUUUGUCCAAUUUAUGGAGCUUCCAAGUACAUAGAAAAUGUUGAGGUAGAUAUAGAAGUUGAUAAGUUGAAGAAAAAAUCUGUGCCUGCAAAGGUUUUGAGGCAUUUUCCCUUGAUUCCAUGGCUUAAGAAGUUGUUCCUAUGUUCAAAAACAGUUGAAUCAUUAAGGUGGCACGAUGAACAUCGUUCAAAGGAUGGAAAGUUAAGACACCCAGCUGAUGGCCAAUCAUGGAAAGACUUUAAUAGACUUCAUCCCAAAUUUGCUAAAGAAUCUCGUAACAUAAGAUUAGGGCUAGCUAGCGAUGGAUUUAAUCCAUUUAAAACCAUGAGCAUCUCCCAUAGUAUAUGGCCGAUAGUUUUGGUCGCAUACAAUCUUUCUCCAUGGUGUUGCAUGAAACCAGAGUAUGUCAUGAUCUCCUUGCUCAUCUCUGGACCAUGUUUGCCUAGAAAAAGUAUUGAUGUGUAUCUUCAGCCAUUAAUUGAAGAGUUGAAGAUUUUAUGGGAAGUUGGAGUGGAAACAUAUGAUACUUCAAAGAAUAAAACUUUUCAACUACAUGCAGCACUUUUAUGGACCAUAAGUGACUUUCCAGCAUAUGCUAUGUUAUCCAGUUGGAGCACAAAGGGAAAGUUAGCAUGUCCUUAAUAUAAUUAUGACACCUCCUCUUGUUAUUUAAAACAUAGCCGGAAGAUGUGCUACAUGGAUCACCAUAAAUUUUUGGCUAUGGAUCAUCCAUAUAGGAUGGACAAAAGAUCUUUCAAUAGCGAUGUUGAAUUGAGGUCUUCACCAGCUUUAUUAGAUGGGGAACAAAUUUUUGAAAAUUUGAAAGAUUUUGACAAUGUAUUUGGAAAGAAACAAAAAAAUAAAAUUGAUGGUCCAUGGAAGAAAAGGUCCAUUUUCUUUGAGUUGCCAUAUUGGAAGCAAAAUACAUUGCGCUAUUGUCUUGAUGUUAUGCACAUCGAGAAAAGCGUAUGUGAUAACAUAAUUGGAACUUUAUUAGACAUUCUAAAAAAAUCCAAAGAUCAUGCAAAUACUUGUUAUGAUCUCAAAGAUAUGGGCAUAAGAAAAAAACUUCAGUCAAAGGAGAUAAAUGGUGGCAAGAAAGCAAAAAUUACUAAGGCUUGUUUUAACUUUACUAAUCAAGAAAAAACCAUUUUUUAUGAUCUUUUGAAGUCAGUAAAAUUGCCAUCUGGUAGUGCCUCAAAUAUUUCUCGGUGUGUUCAUGUUGCUGAGAAAAAGAUAUCAGUCUACAAAAGUCAUGAUGCUCAUUUUAUGUUACAUUAUUUGUUGCAAGUAGCUAUAAAAUGCAGAAUUCAGAAUCAAGUAGCUGGCCCUUUAAUUUAUCUAGGUUCAUUCUUUCGUUUCUUGUGCCAAAAAGUUGUUGAAAAUGAUACAAUAGAUCAUUUGGAAGUAGAUAUUAUAGAAAUUUUGUGCCAAUUGGAAAGAAUAUUUCCUCCUAGUUUCUUUGAUAUAAUGGUACAUUUGCCUAUUCAUCUGGUAAAUGAGUUGAGGUUGGGUGGUCUAGUUCAAUUUAGGUGGAUGUACCCCAUCAAGAGAUAUCUGUGUAGGUUACAGUCCUACGUUCAUAAUAAGAGCCGCCCCGAAGGUUCAAUUGCUAAAGGAUACUUAGCCGAGGAAUGCUUGACAUUUUGCUCAAGGUAUUUAAGUCCUGAUGUGGAUACAAGGCUGAGUAGGAGGACACAAAAUUAUGAUAAUUGGAAGGGGAUUAAAGAUAAAGAAGCCAUUUGGAAAUAUGUUCAAGCUAAAUUCAUUAUUUCAACUAAAGGAAAGAGGAUGGUCCUUGCUCGUAUCAAUGACAACUGGAGAAGGUAUAAGACUACAAUAAAGCAAACUCAUUUUCUGCCAUACAAAUGUGUUAAUGUGAUGCUGAAAAACCGUCCUAAGAGUAUACCUGAGAGUCAUUUUUGCAAGUUAAUUGCUUAUUGGAGAACUGAGAAAGUUAAGAAAAUGUCUGCGCAGAAUAAGAAAAAUAGGGCACAACAGAAAUUUAGACAUCGAAAGGGACUAAUAAAUUUUGCAAGAAUACGUGAAAGAUUGGCUGCUUCUAAGGAAAAUAAUGAACCACCUACUUAAGCAGAAAUGCUUGUUGAGACUCGCCAAAGCACAAAGGGAAAAUCAUUGGGUGAAGACACACUGGAUGUUAUUGUAAGUAUUAGGAGUUAAUUUAGUUAAAAUAGGUUAUGGAUUUCUAGUGUCUUGGCAAUUUGUCCAUCACUUGUGGUUACUUUUAUGCUUGUGUUGAGUUAAAGAAUCUUGACAUUAUUUUUAAUCUCUAUUAUUUGUUUCGAUGUUGUCAAAUGAUAUAUGCCUUUAGUCCAAUUGUGUAUUUACUCUUAUUUUAU